UAAUAAUUAGGUGCUGCAUCUCUGUCGAACAGGUUAUCUAUCUGCGGAACUAGUUUCGAUUGAGAUUCGGAUUUGGAGAGUGGAGUAGUGAAUAGAAUUAGUUUUGGUGAAGGAUAGUGAAUUUUCGUUCAAAAUGGUGUAUUCUAUUUCGGAUCAUGUUGACAAGGUUACGCAGAAUCAAGAAACCAUGGACUCCAAAUUCCAAAGAGUCAAAACAACAGACACCGACGAGGAAGAGUUCACGCAAAAAGAACAAUGCCGCAUUUGGAAAAACGUGCUCCUGAUUGGUUUCGCCUUCAUGAUCCACUUCACUGCAUUCUGGGGAGCCUCCAAUUUGCAGAGUUCUGUCAAUUCUGAAGCAUCCCUCGGGACUUUCACAUUGGCUGCCAUUUACGGAUCGCUUCUGCUGUCCAAUAUUUUUCUUCCGGUGAUGGUCAUCAAAUGGCUGGGUGCCAAAUGGGCCAUAGCUGCAUCUUUCGUCAUGUACAUGCCCUUCAUAAUCGCCCAGUUUCAUCCGAAAUUCUCCACCAUGAUACCCGCUGGACUCUUAAUCGGCUUAGGAGGUGGGCCUUUGUGGUGUGCCAAAUGCACUUACUUGACAGUGAUAGCGGAAGUCAGCAGCAAAUUAACGAAAACAGAAUCAGAAAUCGUUGUCACAAGAUUUUUUGGGAUAUUCUUCAUGUUUUACUCGUUUUCCCAAGUUUGGGGGAACCUCAUAAGCUCAGCAGUUCUUUCAUCCGGGCUGGAUGAUAUCCUUUCGGAACCAAAUGCAACAGCAUUCAACGCCACUGAGCUUUUUUUGAAUAAUACGAGUGCAGUAGUCAACUCCAUUGCAGACGUUGUUGACAUAUGCGGAGCAGAUUUCUGUCCAGGUAUGGCAACAGCUUCGAGCAAUCCAAAUUUGAAACUUCCUUCAAGUUUCAAAAUCAACCUCAUCUCCGGAAUAUAUCUGGCUUGUAUGAUAGGAGCAUGUCUCAUCGUUGCUGUAGGAGUCGACAAAAUGUCUAGGUAUGGUAAAGGGAGAAGUGGUAGUGGAACUGGUAUAACAGGACUGAAGCUACUAGCGGUUACCCUCAAGCAGUUGGGUGAUUUCAAGCAAUUACUCAUUUUGCCGAUCACAAUGUUCAUUGGAGCUGAACAAGCAUUUAUAGCUGCAGAUUUUACAUCGGCAUUCGUAUCAUGUGGAUGGGGUAUCAAUAACAUAGGUUUCGUCAUGAUCUGCUUCGGAGUAUGCAACGGAAUUGCGUCUAUCUUCUCAGGAAGUAUAGUGAAAAUCACUGGCAGAAAUCCUGUUAUAUGCUUCGCAUUGUCGUUGCAUUUUGCACUGCUCGUCACUCUGCUAGUCUGGAAGCCAAGCGUGGAUAACAAACCGUUGUUCUUCCUGAUAUCUGGUCUUUGGGGGAUAUGCGAUGCACUUUGGCUGGUACAAAUCAAUUCGCUUAGUGGUAUUCUUUUCCCCGGAAAAGAAGAGGCUGCAUACAGCAAUUUCCGGUUGUGGGAAUCCACUGGGUCUGUGAUCACGUAUGCCUGCAGCCCGUAUUUGUGCACAUAUCUGAAACUCUAUCUGUUGAUGGGCCUACUCGUUGUGGGGGUUAUUGGAUACACCGCAGUGGAGUACAUCAAACACAAGAACGAAAGUGACGAAUACGACCCAAUUCGAUCUGGAAAGGCGAAAUUUGAAUUGGCGGGAACAGUGGAUAAGAAAUCUGGUGAAGUUGCCGAAUAAUCUGUGAUAAAUGAUAAUGCAGUUUUAUAAUAUUUUAAGCUAUUCUGUGAAUAAUUUGGAAUUACAUGUUUUUUAUAUUUGA